CACAUUAUGGCAGAGAAGGUCGAGGCUGUGACUGUGGACGAUAAGAUCAGCGUGACCGUGGACCCCUUGGUCUUGGGUGUAGUACGCUCUACCAGCCUCCGUCCUGACCUACUGCACGUCUCCACGACCCACAAUGUCGUAAUGCACUGUCUGUAUGACGAGCGUGAUACUGUCUUCCAGUAUUCCGGGAGGAGGCGACGUGCAGGGAGCCAAGAGUGAUCUCCUGACUCUAAUACAAUCAGUGUCACAGGAUAUAUCUACACAGCCUCUCACACUUCACUGCUGUAAUAUCCCCCUUCUCAUAACCCCCCCUGUCGUCAGUGCGGUUGACAGAAUACACGAGCAAUUUGGUGUGGUUAUCUCGGUUGUUACGACGUCAGGAGAUUUCAUCUCAUUCCCAGAUUUCGUGGCCAACAUAAGUAGUCUCAAG